CGUCAGGAGUGGAGGGAGAGGGGAAAAAGAAAACGCAGUUCCCUCUGGCUGGGGCCGUGUCCGAGGGCGGAGGCCGGGAGACGGCCCGUGACGCUUUCUCUUCCAGGAGAGGCCAGGGCUUUGUGAAGAGGGGAUGGAGUUAAGACGCUUUUCUAGCGGGAAGGGAGGGCAGUGUUGGGUGGGGGUAGGGUCAGAGAAGGAACUUUCGGCUCCAGUCUUGCGCGGGUGGGCAGAGUCCGAAGAGCCCGAGAAGGCAUGGAGGGUUCUGAGGCCUGGUCCUUUCCCUGCCGGCAGAGGGAGUCCCGAAACGGACGGUCCAGAAUCCCUCCCAAGAAAGGCGUUCGCAUGGCCGCUCAACCAGUUUUGUACAUCCCGGGUCUGAGUAAAAGCUGAGGUUAUUAGACGCGAGCGACAGCUGCCUCGGCACCUUGGGCGCUUGGCGCCGAGAUGGGAGCCCGACGGUCCGAAUUCUCGCGAGAGCGGCCGCCGCCAUUUUUCCAUUGAUUGCAGCGAGCUGGGGGAGGGGCCGACGACGACGGCGACGGCGACGGCGGCGGCGGCGGCGGAGCAGCAGCCGUGGGUCGGUGUCUGCGCGCUGGUGUCUGAGGCCCAGGUUGAGGCCUCCGCGGUUGCCGGAGCGCAGGCGGUAGAGAGGAUGACUGCCGCUGCCGUUCUCUCCUGAGAUAGAGAGCCGCCACCACCCUGCCCCCUCCCCCGGCAGGGCGGAGAGAAGCGGCGGAGUCUGAGCCAUGGUGCCCGGCGAGGAGAACCAACUGGUCCCGAAAGAGGCUCCACUGGACCAUACCAGUGACAGGUCACUUCUUGAUGCUAAUUUUGAGCCAGGAAAGAAGAACUUUCUGCAUUUGACAGAUAAAGAUGGUGAACAGCCUCAAAUACUGCUGGAGGAUUCCAGUGCCGGGGAUGAUAGUGUCCAUGACCGAUUUAUAGGUCCACUUCCAAGAGAAGGUUCUGUGGGCUCUACCAGUGAUUAUGUCAGCCAAAACUAUUCCUAUUCAUCUAUUUUGAAUAAAUCAGAAACAGGAUAUGUGGGAUUAGUAAACCAAGCAAUGACUUGCUAUUUGAAUAGCCUUUUGCAGACACUUUUUAUGACUCCUGAAUUUAGGAAUGCAUUAUAUAAGUGGGAAUUUGAAGAAUCUGAAGAAGAUCCAGUGACAAGUAUCCCAUACCAACUUCAAAGGCUUUUUGUUUUGUUACAAACCAGCAAAAAGAGAGCAAUUGAAACCACAGAUGUUACAAGGAGCUUUGGAUGGGAUAGUAGUGAGGCUUGGCAGCAGCAUGAUGUACAAGAACUGUGCAGAGUCAUGUUUGAUGCGUUGGAACAGAAAUGGAAACAAACAGAACAGGCUGAUCUUAUAAACGAACUAUAUCAAGGCAAGCUGAAGGACUACGUGAGGUGUCUGGAAUGUGGUUAUGAGGGCUGGAGAAUCGACACGUAUCUUGAUAUUCCAUUGGUCAUCCGGCCUUAUGGGUCCAGUCAAGCAUUUGCUAGUGUGGAAGAAGCAUUGCAUGCAUUUAUUCAGCCAGAGAUCCUGGAUGGCCCAAAUCAAUAUUUUUGUGAACGUUGUAAGAAGAAAUGUGAUGCACGAAAGGGUCUUCGGUUUUUGCAUUUCCCUUAUCUACUGACCUUACAGUUGAAAAGGUUUGAUUUUGAUUAUACAACAAUGCACAGGAUUAAAUUGAAUGAUCGGAUGACAUUUCCUGAAGAGCUAGAUAUGAGUACAUUUAUUGAUGUUGAAGAUGAGAAAUCCCCUCAGACUGAAAGUUGCACUGACAGCGGGGCAGAAAAUGAAGGCAGUUGUCACAGUGAUCAGAUGAGCAAUGAUUUCUCGAAUGAUGAUGGUGUUGAUGAAGGGAUCUGCCUUGAAAGUAAUAGUGGAACUGAAAAGAUUUCAAAACUUGGACUUGAGAAGAAUUCCUUGAUCUAUGAGCUCUUCUCCGUUAUGGUUCAUUCAGGGAGUGCUGCUGGUGGCCAUUACUAUGCUUGUAUAAAGUCAUUCAGUGAUGAACAGUGGUACAGCUUCAAUGAUCAACAUGUCAGCAGGAUAACCCAAGAGGACAUUAAGAAAACACAUGGUGGAUCUUCAGGAAGCAGAGGAUAUUACUCAAGUGCUUUUGCAAGCUCCACAAAUGCAUAUAUGCUGAUAUAUAGACUGAAGGAUCCAGCACGGAAUGCAAAAUUUCUAGAAGUAGAUGAAUAUCCAGAACAUAUUAAAAACUUGGUACAGAGAGAAAGAGAAUUGGAAGAACAAGAAAAAAGGCAACGAGAAAUUGAGCGCAACACAUGCAAGAUAAAAUUAUUCUGUUUGCAUCCUGUGAAACAAGUAAUGAUGGAAAAUAAAUUGGAGGUUCAUAAGGAUAAGACAUUAAAGGAAGCAGUAGAAAUGGCUUAUAAGAUGAUGGAUUUAGAAGAAGUCAUACCCAUGGAUUGCUGUCGCCUUGUUAAAUACGACGAGUUUCAUGAUUAUCUUGAACGAUCGUAUGAAGGAGAAGAAGAUACACCAAUGGGACUUCUACUAGGAGGAGUCAAGUCAACAUAUAUGUUUGAUCUGCUGUUGGAGACGAGAAAGCCUGAUCAAGUUUUCCAGUCUUAUAAACCUGGAGAAGUGAUGGUGAAAGUUUACGUUGUUGAUCUUAAGGCAGAAUCUGUAGCUGCUCCUGUCACAGUUCGUGCUUACUUAAAUCAAACAGUCACAGAGUUCAAACAACUUAUUUCAAAGGCCAUCCACUUACCUGCUGAAACAAUGCGGAUAGUGCUGGAACGCUGCUACAAUGACCUCCGCCUUCUCACUGUGCCCAGUAAGACCCUGAAAGCUGAAGGGUUUUUUAGAAGUAACAAGGUGUUUGUUGAAAGUUCUGAGACUUUGGAUUACCAGAUGGCCUUUACAGACUCUCAUUUGUGGAAACUCCUGGAUCGUCAUGCAAAUACGAUCAGAUUAUUUGUUUUGUUACCUGAACAGUCCCCAGGAUCUUAUUCCAAAAGGACAGCAGGCCAGAAAGCUGGGGGUGAUUCUGGUAAUGUGGAUGAUGACUGUGAAAGAGUUAAAGGACCUGUGGGGAGCCUGAAGUCUGUGGAAGCUAUUCUAGAAGAAAGCACUGAAAAACUCAAAAGCUUGUCACUACAGCAGCAGCAAGAUGGAGAUAAUGGGGACAGCAGCAAAAGUACUGAGACAAGUGACUUUGAAAACAUAGAAUCGCCUCUCAAUGAGAGGGACUCUUCAGCAUCAGUGGACAAUAGAGAACUUGAACAGCACAUUCAGACUUCUGAUCCUGAAAAUUUUCAGUCUGAAGAACGGUCAGACUCAGAUGUGAAUAAUGACAGGAGUACAAGUUCAGUGGACAGUGACAUUCUUAGCUCCAGUCAUAGCAGUGACACUUUGUGCAAUGCAGAUAAUGCUCAGAUUCCUUUGGCUAAUGGACUUGACUCUCAUAGCAUCACGAGUAGUAGAAGAACUAAAGCAAAUGAAGGGAAAAAAGAGACAUGGGAUACAGCAGAAGAAGACUCUGGAACUGAUAGUGAAUACGAUGAGAGUGGCAAGAGCAGGGGAGAGAUACAGUACAUGUAUUUCAAAGCAGAACCCUAUGCUGCAGACGAAGGUUCUGGGGAAGGACAUAAAUGGUUGAUGGUGCAUGUUGAUAAAAGAAUUACUCUGGCCGCUUUCAAACAACAUUUAGAGCCCUUUGUUGGAGUUUUGUCCUCUCACUUCAAGGUCUUUCGAGUGUAUGCCAGCAAUCAAGAGUUUGAGAGCGUCCGACUGAAUGAGACACUUUCAUCAUUUUCAGAUGACAAUAAGAUUACAAUUAGACUGGGGAGAGCACUUAAAAAAGGAGAAUACAGAGUUAAAGUGUACCAGCUUCUGGUCAAUGAACAAGAGCCAUGCAAGUUUCUGCUAGAUGCUGUGUUUGCUAAAGGAAUGACUGUACGGCAAUCAAAAGAGGAAUUAAUUCCUCAACUCAGGGAGCAGUGUGGUUUAGAGCUCAGUAUUGACAGAUUUCGUCUAAGGAAAAAAACAUGGAAGAAUCCUGGCACUGUCUUUUUGGAUUAUCAUAUUUAUGAAGAAGAUAUUAAUAUCUCCAGCAACUGGGAGGUUUUCCUUGAAGUUCUUGAUGGGGUGGAGAAGAUGAAAUCCAUGUCCCAGCUUGCAGUUCUGUCAAGAAGGUGGAGACCUUCAGAGAUGAAGCUGGAUCCCUUCCAGGAGGUUGUGUUGGAAAGCAGUAGUGUUGAUGAGCUGCGAGAGAAGCUUUCUGAAAUCAGUGGAAUUCCUUUGGAAGAUAUUGAAUUUGCCAAGGGUAGAGGAACUUUUCCCUGUGAUAUUUCUGUCCUUGAUAUUCAUCAGGAUUUGGACUGGAAUCCUAAAGUGUCUACGCUGAAUGUCUGGCCUCUGUAUAUCUGUGAUGAUGGUGCAGUCAUAUUUUAUAGGGAUAAGACAGAAGAAUUAAUGGAGUUAACAGAUGAGCAAAGAAAUGAACUGAUGAAAAAAGAAAGCAGUCGACUCCAGAAGACGGGACAUCGUGUAACGUACUCACCUCGGAAAGAGAAAGCACUAAAAAUAUAUCUGGAUGGAGCACCAAAUAAAGAUCUGACUCAAGACUGACUCUGCUAGUGUAGCAUUUUCCCUGGGGGAUUUUUGGUUUUAAUUAGAUGGUUCACUGCUACUGUGUAGUGCCAUUAUGGCCGGACAUGGUUAGGGGUAACCCAGUGACACCAGCACUGAUUGGACAGCCCUUUACCAAUCAGAAGCUCAGGGCCCGAUGGGCCACUGUUUUGACUUGGAAUCAUGUUGUGCACUAUAGUCAAAUGUACUGUAAAGUGAAAAGGGAUGUGCAAAAAAAUAAAAACAAAACAAAAAAAGCAAAACCUGCUACUAGGAAAGGGGGAAGGGGAAUGAGUACUUCUUUUAUCGCGGACAAAUGUGCACAUAGCCGCUAGUAAAACUAGCCUCGGACAGGAUGCUCAUAGCUUCAUAAUAAAAGCUGUGCAAAGGCCAUGAAUGAAUGAAUUUUCUGUUUAUUUCACUGAUACACACAUUACCUCAUUGACAAUUCGGAAGUAAAUGCAACGUAUGUUGACCUUUGGAAAGCAGCAAAAAUAGGAGCUGAAGAAAGAAAUUCUUAGAACCAGCCAUAACCCAGUAAAGAAUUUUGAAGUUGUGUUUUUAUUUUGUUUCAUUUUUUGCAAAGUAUUAGGAACAUUAUUCUGGAACAUCAAACAUUUCCCUUAGACCUCUCCCAGCAGGUUAGCAGCUCAAAUUGCUGCAAUGUUGUAAUUAUAACUGAUUGUACUUAAGUUAUGGAUGUAGAGAAUACGUUUCACUCGUUCAUUCAGCAUGUAAAUAAAAUUGAUCCUGUUGAGUUACCAUAAUUGCAGUUCAACUAUUUCCCAUCGUUAUUCUUUUCACAUAUCAUUCAUGAUGUACAUUUGUGUACAUUGAGGAGUAUAGCAGUCUAUGUAAAUGUAAUCCUCAGUGAGGUUCCUCAGUGCUGGGUCCCAUAUGAUUGUAUUUGCCCUUGUUAAUGAGGUUUUUCUGUUCAGCAGCUUCAGUUUUUUUUCUUUGUACAUUUAUUUUUGAAGAUUUACUUCAAAUUUGAAUCUUCUAGAACCAUUGUAAGUCCCACUUUAAUUUUUGGACUUGAUUUAUAGUUACAUGUAGUUUAACUUUGCAGAAGCGUCUUAACAUCGUGUUGAAAAAACUUGCUAGUAAGUCAGGUCACGCACGGCACAGGCUGAUGCAGUCAACAUGAUUUCAUUGCAAAGUCUAUUAGAAUUGGCAAGUUUUUGCUUUGCUAAAUAGGACUUCAAUGAAUACAAUCCUACAUAAAUUUUGAAAAUGCCAUCUAAUUUAUAAAAAUCAAUAAAAAGGUUUUGGUAAAAUUUUUUCAUGCCAGAUGCUGUUUACAACAAUGAACAUGCCAAUAAAACAUUUGUUCAUUC